GGAGUGCAUUGUUUUUCGGUUACGAGCUGCGUUCGACUCGCGAUGUGAUGAACUCCCGUAGGAGGGUAUAGCACAGCUCACCGCCGUACCCUCCCGCGCAGCUUUCGGGUCCUUCCGCAGGCUGCACACCGACUGAAAGAAGAAGCGAGCAAACGCUGCGUUCGCCGCCUGCGCGGACUGCCUUCGCAUCUCCGGAGCGGCGUCCAGUUUUCGAUUUCAUUUUUCGCGGGAAACGCUCUUCUCCGCCGGUCUACGGCGUGUGUCCUAGCGCGCUGUACGGCUGUCAGCAGGAGCUGACAACCCACUCGUCUGGCUAGCAUUUCAGCACGUGUCUUCGCUAGAGCUUUUCAGACUGUUACCGAUUUACACCAGUAUUUUUAUAUAAACUCUUUUUGCCUUUGCUGAAAGACAUUACUUUAGAAAACUAUUUACAAAUAAACAGUGUGCGACUGUCGUUGUGAUUUAGAACAAAAGUAGUACAAAUGCGCAAGGCGAAACUGUGAUACAGUCUGUGAUAACUUAUUUUAAUCAGUGUACAAAAAAGAAAAAAAAUCUAUUUUAUUCCUAUAAACAUUAUAUUUGUGGAACAGUACUUACAUUUUAUUUGCGAUAGGCGCUGGCAUUUUUUGCAUAUGAACUGUCGAGAGACUUUUUUAUCGAAUUAAGAUUCUUACUGUCUAAUUUUAGAGGAGCAUUUGGCUUUUAUAUAGUUAUUGCACAAGUUGGUUCGUGUUUGUUGCGGGACCGCUUCCAGACUGACUUUUUAUUAGCACUGUGCAAUUACUGUUCUUGGCGUGAGCCACCGUCCAUUUUCGUGUAGUUGUACAGGACAUUGUGACAGGCGUCAUCUUCGUACUUUCGUUUAUUGUUGGAACUUUUGUUGUUGCGAAUCAUAAGGCUGUGCGUUGUGACGAGACUGUGUUGUAUUCGAAGAAACUGCGUCCGUAGCUAUUAAGUGAUCGUUUGUGAUAUACUUGUGAAUCAAGACAUUGGGGAGAGAGUUGGUGAAGCAAAGAAGUCUUUCAAAACUUGGUUUGUGAACACUGUACGAGUACAAACAGUAUACGUAAUUUUAAAUAGUAAUAGACGCGUUGUUGCGCAUCUGAGAUAGAUAUCUUUUAGAGAACUUGUAAGCUGAGAGAGAGUUCAGAGCUUAUAUAUACGUAACAAAGCAUCAUCAACCAUGCUGGUAGUCUUCAUGUGCAUUAUGAUCAAGAUCCUGGACUUUUCCAGCGGCCCUCUCAAGCCGAAACGCAGAAGAAGCAAGCGCCGGAUGCUACGAGGCUUGCAAGCAGGGCUGCCACCGCGGGGGAUGCCUGAGGAGCUGACGACAUCCCCAGCCGACACCGCGACCUCCGACCUCAACUCGAACCACACGACCGAGCCCGUUGGCACUGCUGGAGCCACAGGCACAUCCAAUGGGAGCUUCGCAGCCAGCAAUGCGUCCUCCCAGGACUUGGACUUCAUUCAGGACAACUCGGACUACCAGUGGUUCCUGGACUAUGGAUAUCGGGAGGCCCCCGGAGGCCACCACGUGAGCGUGCUGUCGUACAGCGAGGAUGCGGGGUUGCGGCACGGCGGGCCGCGCUACGACGACCUGGCGCGCGACCUGGACGCCAACCUGGCAGAGGUGGACAUGGAGGACCUCCGCACCGAGGACAUCCACUCCAUCCUCAGCACACUGCCCGCCAUGUGCUGUGCCGACAUCCAGGCCGAGAGACAGGGGGAGAUGUACGCCAGCGUUUCAGGCUCCAUGAUGGCAAAAUUCGAGUUUGAUUCGUCCGUGAGUCCGCGCAGCAGCUCGCAGGCGGAGGACACGACCGGAUCGACGGACACCAUGUCCAUCUGCAAGUCGGAGCAGUUGUUCUCACCGGUGCGGGAGUGUCCGCUGCCCGGCUGCAACUUCAGUGUCGACUCGUUGGACUGUGAGGGCCUCACGGACCACGACAUCAUGCUCACCUGCCAGGCCAACAAGGACAACUACACCAUCGCCUUUGAGGGCAGCCUCGCGCUCUGCUCAGAGGCCGACUCAGAUUAUCACGAACCGGUCGAGAGUGACGUGGGCGGAAGUUCGGACAGCCACCAUCGGUGGCAGCACCGUCCCCAACUGGGGCGGCAGCCCGCCGUGGACCAGUCGAUGGCGCGGUCCGACUCGCUGUACACGACGUGGAGCAAGCUGCACAAGCGGUCCAGUGACGUGCAGCUCACACGGCACCCGUCAGGUAACAACAACACUGCACCGGCGAUGCCGACGUCGACGGCAACAGGGGCAGCCCUGAAGAGCAGAUCCCUGCCGGACCUGUGUCCACCCAGGAGGGGGGCACACGGCGGGGGGCGCUGCGUGCGGCUGUACGACGUGGGCGAGGGGGACCUCAGUCUGGUUCGCCUCUUCAUGCGCCAGCGCACCGGCUCUAGCAUCGCCACAGAUAGCUGCAGCCAGUCGGAAUCGGGAGCGAGCGGAAGUAACCAUCGCUGCUCACUGAACGACUGCAGCGUGUGCUGCUACAACAACAACCGCAGCAACAACAUCAUCAGUGGCAGUACCGAUGCCAUCCGGUCGGUUGCGGACAACGGCAACAGGAAUACCGAGUGCAUCAAGGCGGCAGACCCCCGAGUCGACAACUGGGUGCGUGUGGGGAAUGUCACAGGUGGUGAAGAGUACUCGACGUGCUGCUUUGAAGACAGCCUGGUCGGGCCUCCGGUGAAAGACGGCACCGUGCACCAACAGCAGCAGCCGGAGCUGAUAAGGGAGGAGACGGAGGAGUCGGAGAGCUCCUCCUCGGUGGAACAGCUCUCGGAGAGUGUGUCCAAGCUGGAGGAGUACGUCCCCGUGUCGCUGCCGGUCCAGAUCCCGCCCGCCCUCGACCACAUCCGCUGCCACGACAACAACAACGGCAGCCGGGCACUCGAAGAGAGGGCGACACAGACUAGCGUCAUCCAGUCUCGCAAUGUGGCCGCGGGUACGCCGCCGUCACCGCGCACGCUGAGCCGCGCGGUGCAGACGUUGGCAGAACACAAGCGGCGCACGUGGGUGCUGUUCCCCAACUACACGCUGCCCGACCUGGCGUUCCUCCGCAAGCACCGGCACAGGGAGCUCGACUUCCUGCUGGCCCCCCAGAAGGUCGACACCGCCGCAACUGUCGCCGUCGGCGCGACCGGCGGCAAGAGGCGGCCGCGGCCGCUGUCGUGUGACGACGUCGAGGCGCUCCGGAGGAAGGGCUUCGCCCACGUCAGGGACCGCGACUCGCUCGCCGUCCUGCUGCCGCGGGAGUACCGCCGCCUGCUCGAGGAGCCGGACACUAACAAGGCUGUCACUUCGGAUUCCAGCUCCCACCCGUCAUCGGGAUUCCGCGGCUCCUCGACACUGCUGAGUGACUCAAACCCGCUGCUGGUGUACCGCUACGAGAGUGAGUGCUCGGUCCAGCAGCAGCUGCAGCAACACAAGAAGAAGGCGGAGGGCAAGGUGUCACCGCCCGCACUCAGCAAGCGUGGCAUCUUGCGCCAGCAGCAGAAGGAAGACGGCACCGGCCGCCACCACCGCCACCGUCACCAUCGCCACCAUCACCUGCGGAAGCCGCCACCGCCACCUCUGGACCCGGAUAAAGACCUCUGUGAUGACGAAGAAGACUUUGAUGAAGGAGUGGAUGCCGGCACAGAUUCGAGCUACGAGGAGCCGCGGCCGCCCACGCCGCCCCUCCCCCGCAGUGCGGCGGCAGACGCCGUUCUGGGCCUCGACGGCCUGCUGAAUGUGAGCGGCCUGUCGUCAGUGCUCGGGUCGGCAGAGAAUCUCGAGGGCUGGGGAGACGACGACAUGAAGAGGCUGAGGAUGCAGGUGAGCAAGUUCCUGUGCGGACAGCGCAGCAAUGUGAUGGCCGACGUCUGCAACGGAGGGGCGCCGCACAACACCCCGGAGCACAGGCACCUGCAAGGUGGCGUGGGGGUGGGAGCAGCCGGAGCUCCGCGCGGGAGUGGCGGCAGCUGCGACUGCUCGGGCGGCUCAGCAUCCUCCUCGGGUCGAUCCUCGUCCGGCAGCAACAGCGGCCGCAAGACUGUCAGCUUCCGGCUGAGCCUGCCGACGCCCCCCGAACUCUCCGUCUGCUGCGUUGCAGCACCAGCAGCGCUCUGCCAGGGGAAGCUGGAAGACAAUGAAUCUAGUCCGUGUGAGAAGGCUGUGAGGCCGGCAUCUCUCCUGACACAUGUGCACAGCCCAUCUGUGCCUCUGGCAGCAAUCGACAUUGCACAAAAGAGGGAGCUGGUGACGGCGGUGGGGGACGCGGUGGAGCAGGUGGUGAGCCACUUCUCGGCGGCGGAGAACCGGCAGCACUGCUGCGCGCUGGGCGACUCGGUGCGCACGCCGGCGGUGGCGCGCAUCGCGCUCGGCAAGCUCUGCCCCGCGCUCUACGCCGCCCUCUGCGACGGCCUGCGGCCCGAGCUGGACACCGCGUUCGGCCCGAUCCCCAACUCCCUCUGGCAGGUCGUCGAGGCUUCCGCCCAGAAAGAUCCAAUGACAAAGUCUCUAAAUGAACUGGUACUACGCAUCAACAGUGAAGAUGUUUUCACAGAGGGGAUAAUGAAGUUCAACGCUUUUGUGUUGGGGCUACUUAACGUACGGUCCCUGGACGCGUGGGUGGGGUACCUGCGGACGCGCGAGUCGGUCCUGCGGCGGUACUACCAGGAGGAGUGCGGGCUGCUGCCACUGGGGAACCUGGGCGGGCCGGCAUGGCGCGGGCUGGCGGACCAGCUGGUGGCAUGCCUGCAGCCGCUGGCACUGCUGCCGUUCCGUCUCGACCUGCUGCACCAGCCGCGACAGCUCGCCGCCCGUCUGUCCCUCUCGCCGCCGGCAGAGACGCCGCGGCCCACACGGGGACCGGCGCGGGCGGGCGCCGCGGCUGUCGCCGGCAUCCCGGCAGGCGCGCCCGGCUGGAGCCUGCGCGGGCUCGUCAGGUCGAUACACUCGUCCCUGUCGCAGCCGUCGCCCCGACAGGGCGGCGGAGAGGAGGAGUCCCAGCUGCCGGAUGUGGUCGGCUCCUCUCAGGCAUGGGAGAACAGCACCCAGCGCCCUCGCUCCUGUGUAGACACAGCGGCCGCCCCAAAUGGCCUCACAUCUCUCACGGACCUGGCUUCAACUGUUCGCAAGAGGUGGUCGGGAAUCCAGCUGGGCUCGAGGCUCUUCCAGGCCUUCGACCGGUUGGGAGCAGAAGACGACUCUGACCCCGACGUAGAUACAGACGGUGUAGAGGUGGACGAAAACGUGGCCCGACCGGAGCCGGACAGCUUGGAGCCACAGGAGAAGCAGCCACCGACAACGCGGGGACAGAAGGCGACAGCCGACGCGCGGCCGGCGACCGCGGCGGCAGAGCGCGGGGCAGUCGGGCAGCCGGCGGGCUCUUCGCCGCAACCGGCUGCCGCCGGGGGCAAGUUCCGCCGGCUGCAGAUGAAGUGGGAGCUGCUUAGUAACAAGGAACCGUCUCUGUCCCCACAAUCUGGGGGCAGCAGCAAAACCACCUCACCUUCGGAAAGCAGCCCGUCGUGCGUGUCUUCUAACCACAGCAGCAGCAGUGGGGGUCCGGCCGCCUCUCCCGGGGGCCGUGCCGGUGCGGGCAGCCGCAUCCCGAGGCCCGUCGCCUCGCCCACCCGCCAGCAGCCGUCCGGCAUCCCCGUGCUGUCGCCGGCCGCUGCCAGGGUUCCCAAUGGCAUAGUGACGAGGCGCUCUUCAUCUGUAACACCGGCAUCUUCGAGGCGGGUCUCUGCGCCACCUUCUACACCAGUUUCCGCAAAGACAUCUCCGCCGGCGCCGGCGGAAGCCACCGAGAACGGCACUGUCGCGGGGGCCGGUAAGCGCGGGAUCCCGCGGCCCAGCAGGGUGGACCGCGUCUCCUCCGGUGCGCCCGCUUCCCGGCCGAGCAGUCUGCCGUACGGGCAGACCGGGGCGGUGCGGGGCGGGGGCACCCGCCAGCAGCAGAGGCGGCCCGUGUCGGUGUCUGCGGGGAGGACGGCGGGCACGGGGGCCACGGGCGCCUCCACCUCUCCACGGUUCGUCCGGACACUGUGCCACCGGCUGCCGUCUGAUGCGGGCCACCUCGCCUUCAACGAGGGCGAGCGUCUGCGUGUCGUGCUGGAUGUCGACGACAGCUGGCUGCUCUGCUGCCGCGGAGACCAGAAGGGACUCGUGCCGCGCUCGGCUGUCGUCUAGCGGUCGGGCGCCCUCUGCUUCCCACGCUAGGACACCCCACCUGUCUCUGUACCUGUUUGCUUCUUCGGGCAGUUCAGCACCUAGGUACAUUUCUGUCUCGUGUAGUAUUUCGGGGGAGAAAUAAGUAUUCUGCACAGUUCAAAAAUAAUUUAUAUCUCGUCAUGUGGAACAGAGCUUUUUUUGUGGUGUGUUGUAAAGACUUUCUUAAAUACUUCACAGAAAAAGCUUGUUCUUACGUGACGACUGUUUAUAAAUUUAUUUUGGGUUGUACUAAGUGACUUUGAAAGUGAAUGUACUUCGUUGUUAGUGGUCCAUUCAAGUUGCAUAUCUCACAUUCUGCCAAUUUUUUGUUAUUAUCAACUGCAGUAUUAGAUUGCAUUUUUCGUUACUCUUUUGCCACUUAUAGGAGUUGGAAGUGUUUACUAUAAGAACUGGGGUCGGGCGUAGGGAUGUGUCGACUAUUAGAGGCGCGUUUCAGUAUCGAAUGGACUCGGCUGAUCCAGUAUUGCUGCAGACAGAAGUAAACAGGAACUUCCUCACGGAUAUACCUUUCUCGUCCUCACCUUACCUGACACAUGUGAUAAUUUGAUCGAUCCCUGCUAGGUAUUUUCCUAUGUGGUAACCACAUUUUUAUUUAGGACAUCUGUUCCUUGUGUGUGUGUGUGUGUGUGUGUGUGUGUGUGUGUGUGUGUGUGUGUGUGUGUGUGUCAGAGAGGGGUUGUGGGGUGAACGUGGAUGUAUGCUAGUGGUGGCUGCUGUAGACUGAUAUCCUAACCCACAGCAAAAAUACUAGGUCCUGUCAGGAGCUGAAUUUGGUCCCUAGAGCGAGACUAGCUUUUUGAUAGUGUGCACCUCAGGAAAUGGUUCAUGAUUAGCAUCAGAUAGACUGUAUCAUUUAAUGUGACCAAUUUCAAAUUUUGCAGAGGAUUGUACCUAAAAAUUGUAUAUUUGGCAGAUGUUCCUCCAAUGACUCUCUCACACUACGGUGAAAUUUUGGUUGUUAGAAUUGAAGUAAUGGCCCCACAGUAGUGGUUUUCUCAUUUCGUUGUAAGACGCUUGCAAGAAUGAUCAGUCAUGCCUCCCAAUUUGUAUCUGGUUGGUUGGGACAGGACUACAAAAAUGCAUUGUGAUAGUUUGUGUGUGUUCCCUGUGUAGUCAGAUGCAGUGGAAGAUGGAUGAGAGUGUGUGUUUUGUAGGAAUUGCAUUGAUAUUUACCUCGGGCAGUAUGGAAAUGGGAAGAUACCUAGAACUAAAGAUUUGGAAAUUGCGUUUUGUUGAAAUUCAUGGCCUGGCCUCAUAAACAGUUACAUGGACACGUAUUUAAGCGGCGUCAGAAUGUAAAAACGAAAUGUGAUUGGACAGAAGAAGAACAGUAUUUGGCAAAACUACAAGAGACAAAAUGCAGACAACCAGAUCGAAUAAUGCGGCAAUAAUUUGUCGCUGUCUGAAAGCGUCAUGGUGUGAAAGGAAUUUAUUGUUUUGAAAUUUACUCAGAAGCUUAAUUUGUAACAUUUUCCUCCAGUACAUACUUUGUGAUCCAAAUAGUUUCCAGCAGCUAAAGAUUCCACUUUCGCACCAUGACAUUUUCUCAUAUACUCCGUAUUAAAGCAGACAAAAACACAUAGUAUUAUUCAUUAUUAUAUGUCCAUAAUUACUGACAUUUUGGGCACAAUAAGAACAUUAGAACAGUAUCCUAAAAGUGUACAUAAGACAAAUGUGUAUUGUAGGUAAGCAGCCUUUGGGAAUGAAAUAUAUAAGCUGCUCCAGUUCUGUAGCUAAAACUGAUGUUAUUUAUAGUAAUAUUAAUUGUAAACAUACAUAAAAAUAACAGCUGGCGGUAAGACUUAAGACUUACUUUUUGGGGCUAAUAUGUUUGCUUACAGCAUUACGCAGCUUAUAAAUUCUUUGUACAGAAUUAACAUCUGUGUGAUACCACGAGUUUAGUAAUGGCAUUUAUCUUCCUUGCCAAUGCUUCUAAUUCUCUGAGUUCAGAGGUGGCAUUGUGCCAUGUUUUGCAUGAAAUAAUAUUUCUAAUAAUUACAAGUAACAGAAAAAAAGUUAGUUGAGAGUUUAAAAUGUCUGUAAGUAGUUUGAAGCUGUGAGGUGAACUGACAGCAUUACCAAAGUCUCCAGUGCUCCUGUCGGACGAGUUAUACAUUACAGUGCACCGUACGUCUCCCGACAUAAAAAUCUCACGAUAAGUUGCUCUGUAGACCGUGAUGCUUCUCAGUGGUUAUAUCAAAAGCAGACCGUGAGCUUUGUUAAGAGUACUGCUGUCAGUUGAAGUGUCGAAGGGAGUAAUUUGUUAAAGUUCUUGAAGUGUGGUAGAAUAUUAAUUUUGGUUUGCUUGAAUAACUUCCAUCCAAAUGGCAUUGUUUAUGCGACUUACAACUUGUUAAAACAUGUCCGAAUAUGAAUUUUUUUUUAAAAAGAGAAGUGUUCUGAAUGCUAACAGUUGCUUAACAUUACUUUUGGUAGCAACCUAGCUUGAUACCUGCAAUUGCACCUCAACCUCUCUCUCUUCCCCCCUUUAGUUCCUGCACGUUCGUGUGUGUUGUCCCCAAAAUUCGCAAGCAAGCCUUCACACUUGAAGCAGAUACACUGUCCGCAGUACAGUAUUCCUACCAGCAAGGAUUCAGUAACGAUUAGAAAAUACGAGGAUCUCGAAACUUUUGUAGCAAACUGGGAUUUUAAGCCAGACCCUGGUAUUUUGCCGUCAGUGUUCUUACUGCCGAAUGUCGAGCAGUGAUUAGAGCUGAAGAUGUGAAAGAGGAUUGCGAGUAGUGUUGCUCGGCAAGAACAGUUUCCUUAAAAGGCUAGGGGGUCAGGGUUUGAUUCUUAGCCUCGCCACAGUUUUUUCACAGCAAAAUCCGUUGUGAAUUAAUUACCUUACGAGCAUCUUGUCUCAUUUGACGAGACACAUAGUAAAAAUUGCAGUUAUCUAUAUGAUUUUGAGGACUGAACUUAAAAGUGUUUGUCAAUAUAUACACUCUGUCGUAUGUUUCCGUUCGGAGUGGUGAAUCAUUGGUUGCCCUCAGCAGUCUGGAUUUUACAACAGAACACGUUUAUGUUCCUUGCUGGUGGUUGUAGCUUUGAGUGAUGUAAGGUCAUUAUCCCUACCUACGGCCCUUAUACUCCGCGCUGCUCUCGACUGAUCGGAAUGUUGCUUAACUCUGCCUUCCAUUUCUAAUCUCUUCCUCCCCUGAAGCUGGGUGCAUGGCAUGUGUCUAACACUUCUGCUUGCUCUUCAGUAACGAGGUCUUCGUCAGCUACUGCGGCAUGGCGACGCUUGACAGCUUUGACAGAUUGCUGUUUUCUUUUGUGCUGUGAUUACUUCAGCUGCUCUUUGUUGAAGAUUUUAUACUCUGGCAGCUAAUUUGAAAAUAAAAACUGGAAAUGAUUUUAAAGAAAGGUUUAUUCAUAGGUGUUGAACAGUACCUGGAAAGAAACUUCAUUGUCCAUCUAUGAUAAGUAUGAGCAUUCAUUUCCACCAUCUUGAUCCAGAUUUACGAAACUUUGGUGGUGGGAAGUCA